AUGCCUGCUCUAGCCGGCCUCAGUGAUGUCACGGACGGUGGGUUACCCAGGAGAGAAGGGUUACCCGUUAGCCUAGCUGCUGGCUACCUGGUGAAAUUGGAGGUCUUGGGUAGGGGUAUCCCCGAACCCAGGUCGGUCCUCUACGCUCCUCGAUCGAAGAAAGAUGUGGAAGAGGCUCGGGCUGGCAACCUGACACUGACGAAAACCGAAUCACCCGGCGGGGACUUCUUGGCGCUGGGCUAUGUGGACGAGGGCGCCUACUCCUUUUCACAUGGUGUAAGCAUCGGACUAGGGUUCCUCAGCCUUGCGGCAGUUGCCUCCGUUAACUCUGCCCGAACGAUGAGUUCACAGUCCUUGCACGAACCCUUACCCGAGCGCUUCAAUGUGAUCCUCUUCAAGAAUGCACGGUCAAGCCUUCUACAGUGUGCCAAGCUUUCCCUUGUCAUUUAA